AUGAGUGCUCUUAAAGACAAAACGGGAAGGUUUGUUGUUCUGGAUAAAAAUGCUAGCAACUAUGAAUCUUUAGUAGGUCAGGAAAUGAAUAAUGUAUAUGAAAGAGUUAGGAAAUUGGACCCUAACGAAGUUGAAUUUUUGCAAGCAUUUCAUGAAAUAUUGUAUUCUUUAAAACCAUUAUUUAUGGAAGAACCUAAAUAUUUACCAAUAAUUGAAACGUUAUCAGAACCUGAACGAGCAAUACAAUUCCGUGUUUGUUGGUUAGAUGAUAAUGGUGUUCAAAGAAAAAAUCGUUGUUUUCGUGUUCAAUAUAAUAGUGCCUUGGGUCCUUACAAAGGUGGUUUACGAUUUCAUCCAUCAGUUAAUUUAUCUAUUGUAAAGUUUUUAGGAUUUGAACAAAUAUUUAAAAAUUCUUUAACAGGUUUAUCAAUGGGAGGAGGUAAAGGUGGUUCGGAUUUCGAUCCUAAAGGAAAAUCAGAUAAUGAAAUUUUAAAAUUUUGUCAAGCUUUUAUGAAUGAAUUAUAUAGACAUAUAGGCCCAUGCACCGAUGUACCUGCUGGAGAUAUUGGCGUUGGUGGUCGAGAAAUUGGUUAUUUAUAUGGUCAAUAUAAAAAAAUUGUAAAUAGUUUUAAUGGUACCUUAACGGGUAAAAAUGUAAAAUGGGGUGGUUCUAAUUUAAGAGUGGAAGCUACUGGUUAUGGUUUAGUAUACUUUGUUUUGGAAGUAUUAAAAUCAUUAAAUAUUCCAGUAGAAAAACAAACUGCUGUUGUCAGUGGUAGUGGUAAUGUUGCACUAUAUUGUGUUCAGAAAUUAUUACAUUUAAAUGUUAAAGUUUUAACAUUAAGUGACAGUAAUGGUUAUGUAUAUGAACCAAAUGGUUUUACUCAUGAAAACUUGGAAUUUCUUAUAGAUCUAAAAGAAAAAAAAAAAGGUAGAAUCAAAGAAUACUUAAACCAUUCAUCUACAGCUAAAUAUUUCCCAAAUGAAAAACCAUGGGGGGUACCAUGUACAUUAGCUUUCCCAUGUGCAACACAAAAUGAAAUAAAUCUUGAAGAUGCAAAAUUAUUACAAAAAAAUGGUUGUAUCUUAGUUGGGGAAGGAGCAAAUAUGCCAUCAACCGUAGAUGCUAUUAAUUUAUUUAAAUCUAAUAAUAUUAUCUAUUGCCCAUCAAAAGCAGCAAAUGCUGGGGGUGUUGCUAUUAGUGGACUUGAAAUGAGUCAGAAUUUCCAAUUCUCUCAAUGGACAAGAGAAACGGUUGAUGAAAAACUCAAAGAAAUUAUGAGAAAUAUUUUUAUUGCAUGCUCAGAAAAUGCUUUAAAAUAUACCAAAAAUAAAUAUGAUUUACAAGCAGGCGCAAAUAUAGCUGGGUUCUUAAAAGUUGCUGAAUCAUAUAUUGAACAAGGUUGCUUUUAA